UUCUCACGCGCCAUCCCCAAACUCGAUCUUCUUCUUUCACUGCGCACACAAAGCGAGAGACGAAGAAGAAGAGAGAGAGAGAAACAAAAGUGGAGGAAAGGAAAGCGUAGAAAUUUAGGGUUUCGUGGAUCGGACGAAGAGGGAAGGAAGGAAAUAAGGAAACGUAGAAUGGGCGCGAAUUCGAUACCGACGGAGGCAACGAUUGAUCUAGAUGAGCAGAUCUCGCAGCUCAUGCAGUGCAAGCCCCUCUCCGAGCAACAGGUUAGAUCAUUAUGCGAGAAAGCCAAGGAGAUCUUAAUGGAUGAAAGCAACGUUCAGCCUGUGAAAAGCCCUGUGACAAUCUGCGGUGAUAUUCAUGGACAGUUCCAUGAUCUUGCUGAGCUUUUCCGUAUUGGGGGAAUGUGCCCUGAUACCAACUACCUGUUUAUGGGAGAUUAUGUUGAUCGUGGUUAUUAUUCUGUUGAAACUGUUACGCUGUUAGUCGCCUUGAAGAUGCGAUAUCCUCAACGAAUCACCAUUCUUAGAGGAAACCAUGAAAGUCGUCAGAUCACUCAGGUCUAUGGAUUUUAUGAUGAAUGUUUGCGAAAGUAUGGCAACGCAAAUGUUUGGAAGAUCUUUACAGACCUCUUCGAUUAUUUCCCACUGACAGCCUUGGUUGAGUCAGAAAUAUUCUGCCUCCAUGGGGGAUUGUCUCCAUCUAUCGAGACACUUGACAACAUAAGGAACUUUGAUCGAGUUCAAGAAGUGCCCCAUGAAGGGCCCAUGUGUGACUUAUUAUGGUCUGAUCCUGAUGACCGUUGUGGUUGGGGCAUCUCUCCACGUGGUGCUGGAUAUACAUUUGGUCAGGACAUAUCUGAACAGUUUAACCACUCAAACAGCUUAAAGCUGAUCGCAAGAGCCCAUCAGCUUGUUAUGGAUGGAUACAACUGGGCUCAUGAGCAAAAGGUGGUAACUAUCUUCAGUGCACCAAACUAUUGUUACCGUUGUGGGAACAUGGCUUCAAUUCUUGAGGUUGAUGACUGCAUGAACCACAGCUUCAUUCAGUUUGAACCCGCACCGAGGAGAGGAGAACCAGACGUUACUCGAAGAACACCAGAUUACUUCCUCUGAUCACUGGACACAGAGUGAUCUCAGCAGCUGCAGCCACAACUGAAAAGUCACAGUUGGUAACUCAAGUAUCUGGUUUCUGUGCAGCUUGUUAAGGUUGCUGGCGAAGAAGGCCCUCUCUGAUCUUCCUCUAUACCCAAGAAAAAAGAGGUCAAUGGGUGACUCUACGUUACCCAUCAUGCAUGCACAUUGUUUGGUUGAUGUUAUUAGAUUAUUUUUUCUUCUUUCUGCAUCAGAUUGUGUUUUCAUGUGAGAAAUCUUUUUAAUUUUAUUUAUUGUAAUUCUUCACCUAAAUAUCAUGCACUAUUUUUUAGUUUACAAAUCUAAUGAUUGAUUGCAAAA